AUGGCGAAAACUGGUAGCGGUCGCGGUCGCGGUCGCCAGGCGUCUCGGUCUGGCUCUGACUCUCGCUCCUCAUCCCGCUCUCGCUCGAUUUCAUACUCGGGGUCGGGCUCGCGCUCGCGCUCCAGUUCGCUGUCAAGGUCCCCUUCCCAUUCUCGCUCCACCUCAAGAUCAAGAUCUUUGUCAUCUUCCUCUCGCACCAGUAGCUCCCGCAGCCCUAGCCCUGCUCCUCGGAGAAAGAGCCCUGCUGAAGGAGUUAAACGAGCCCGUUCCCCUCGGCCACAAGCUAAGAGAACCUCCCCUCCUCCAAGGAAAGCUUCUCCUAUUCCUGAAUCUCUUGUGCUUCACGUUGAUCAGCUUAGCAGGAAUGUGAAUGAGGGCCACUUGAAAGAAAUAUUUGGUAAUUUUGGUGAAGUGGUGAAUGUACAACUGGCGAUUGACCAUGUUGUCAAUAUUCCUAAAGGAUUUGCAUACGUGGAGUUCAGAAAUAGGGCCGAGGCUGAAAAGGCCCUGCUAUACAUGGAUGGUGCUCAAAUUGAUGGCAAAGUUGUGCGGGCCAAGUUCACCUUACCUGAAAGGAAGAAGAUUCCUUCUCCCUCUAAGGCUGUUGCCACCACAUCAAGGAGAGAUGGACCAAAAGCUGAAGAUGCUGCUGCAGAUGGUGAGAAAGAUGGGCCAAAGCGACCCAGAGAAGCAUCCCCAAGGAGGAAACCGCCCUCCCCUCCCCGAAGGAGAUCUCCCAUAGUACGAAGAGGAUCUCCCAGGCGGGACCCACCUGGUUCUCCUCCACCUCGCAGGCGUCCGGAUUCUCCUCCCCGCCGUAGGCCCGAUUCUCCUUACAGACGAGGUGGUUCCCCACCUCCAAGGCGAAGGCCGGGAUCACCUGCCAGAGGUCGUUCGCCAUCUUCUCCUCCAAGGCGUUUCCGUUCACCCGCAAGGGGAUCUCCAAGAAGGAUGCGUGGAAGUCCUGUUCGUCGGAGAUCUCCUCCACCAAGACGAAGGUCCCCAAGACGUGCUCGAAGUCCUCCACGAAGGUCUCCUAUUGGUCGCCGACCACGCAGUCGCUCCCCUGUGAGGAGGCCACCUCGUUCUCCAUCACGAUCCCCCUCUCCAAGGAGAGGCCGGGGCCCACCACCUAGACGUGGUAGACAAUCUUAUUCUUCAUCACCUAGCCCACGCAGGGGCCCUCGCAGGGUAUCGAGGAGCCGUAGCCCUAGGAGGCCUGUCAGAGGUAGAAGUCCAAGCAGGAGCAGAAGCCGAAGCAGCAGCAGCAGCAGCAGCAGCACGAGCAGCUCACCCCCUCCCGCCCCGUGCAUUUUGUUUCUGAUAAAGGGUGCACGUGUGUCGAAUUGCUUGCUUGCUUGCUUGCCAAACCUUUGA